GAUGGUCGUGUGCCGCUGUCAUCCCUAGCUCACCUGUUUCCCUCUUGUCAUACCUCCAGACCUUAGAACUUAUUUGGGAAGCACAAUAAACAAAAGGACUAAAUAAACUUAUGUGUUGGUGCAAUGCAUUGUAAAGCACUCGAGUGCGUUAAUUUUGAGAAAUUCUCCGUUGAAGUUUUCUAAAAAACUACUGCCUCAUCUGCUAAAGGCUAUGCUGUUGACGGCACAGUGUUUGCUGUGUUUGGUCGGAGGUCUGAGCAGCGCUGCAGGGCGGGACGGCUGGGUUGCUGAUCAGGAAACUCAGCUGGGCUCCGACUCGUGGCCCGGCAAAGGCUGGACUCAGGUGGUCGAGCUCCAAGACACUCGUCAUGCCAAGAAAUGGAACAAAUUGGGCAAGCUCUCAUCCCCAGAAGUCUUUGGAAAUGAGGAAGAGUCACCGUCCAAUGGUGACAAAGUCAAUAGAGUUAAAGAUAAGGCAGGUGGAAGCGAUGUCAAUCAGAUUUCUAAAGGCACCAAGGCGUUGCCUGAAAAAGAUAAGGAUAUUGCGACCGGAGGGAUCGAUCGGGUAGAGAAUACCCUCACUACCGUCGCAGUGAAAGACAUUCUGGGUCCUGGAAUGGGCGGCUCUGCCGUGCAAGGAAUUGCCGAUAACAGAGUGCAGAAAUUUGCGACCGAGCCGGCCCCGCAAACGGCGGUGGUCGGAUCAAUCGUGGUGCUUCCGUGCCGGGUCGUCAAUAAAGUAGGCCAACUUCAGUGGACCAAAGACGGCUUCGGCCUCGGAACAGAGCGAAGUCUCUUCGGCUUCUCGAGAUAUUCCAUGAUCGGCGCCGACGAUGAAGGCGACUUCAGCCUGCGCAUUCAGCCCGUGCUGCUGGAAGACGAUGGAUUCUUCCAGUGCCAAGUAUCGGCCAGUGACGGUGUUCCAGGCAUAAGGACGAAGACCGUGCAUCUUCAGGUCUACGUGCCGCCAGACCCGCCCGUGAUCAGACCCAAGGUCCUGGACAGCACCGCCGGUCUACUCACGACCAUAGAGUGCACCAGCAAGGGAGGGAAGCCGCCGCCCGAAAUUCUUUGGGUGGACGAACGUCACCCACGUGAACCUCUCGGCCUCGGCGCCGAGACGACCAUGAAACAAAUGAGUGACAACAAGCGUGUCAUCGUCACGUCGAAGCUGUCCUUUACGCCUCGCAGGACACAUGACAACGCAACCAUCUCCUGCCUCACCACCCACCAGGCGCUCACUUCACCGCUCUCCAGCUCAGUAAGGCUGCGCAUCAGGUACGCGCCUGAGGUACAGGUCGCGGUCACGCCUGAGCGCCUGGUCGAGGCUGACGACGCGCGCCUCUCCUGCUCCGCCGUGGCCAACCCGCCCAAGCUGACGUACAGAUGGUACCACAACAGGAUGGUGGUGGAGAACCAAACCUCUCCAACGCUCCUACUCCACAAGAUCUCGAGAGCCAUGCAUCAGGAUACCAUAUCUUGCGAGGUCUCAAAUGAAGUCGGCACAUCAAAGAAGACUCAAAGCUUGCUCGUCAGGUUUGGUCCCGUUUUUAAAAGUGUGCCCCAAGACGCCGCAGCUGAAAUGCAAAAUGAAGUUCUUCUGAAAUGCGACGUUGAGUCGAACCCACCGCCCUCGAUUGUAUGGUUGCAGGAUGGGUCGGAGAAGGUGAUCGGGACGGGGCCCGAGUUGCGCGUGGUGGUCGGGCCAAGCACGACGGGGUCCUACCGCUGCGUGGCGAGUGUGCGGGACCGCGACCUGCAGUUCCCGGACCUGGUGGGGCGCAUGCGGGUCCUCGUCAAGGGCCCGCCGACCAUCGUCAGCGCGGGGGAGCAGCUGGGCACCCCUGGGGGGACGGUGACCCUCGAGUGCAACACCGUGUCUGUGCCCAGCCCCAUCAAAGUCACCUGGACCUACAAAGGAAGAGCUAUUGAUAUAGAAGACCCUCGCUAUGAGGUGAGAGAGCAACAGCGGGACGGUGGGCUGAAGACGAUCCUCGUCAUCCACGACGCCGACCAGACGGACUUCGGCGACUACAACUGCUCGGUGGUGAACGAGUACGGCGUCGCUAGGAAACUCAUACGACUCAACGAGGAGAAACGUUGUGCCGCUGUUGCUGGUCAUAGGGGGUGGAGGUGCACUCCUGUUCAUCAUUGUCGUCGCCACUUCACUUCUGCUUUGCAACAAGAAAAGCUCCAGAGAGAAAGUGCACGAUAAAGUCACCCUGGCGUCCGACACGGGAGCUCCUAACAUGUACUCGGCCGCUUCGGA